AUGUCCGGUUUACUCGGUAAAGUUGUUAGAAUUGAUUCCGAGGGCGCUGCCCCAUCCCUAGCCUCAUUACCAGAAGUUGCAUCUCAGGUCGCUUCGCAAUGGAAAACUAGUAGGGCAUCUACUGUCAAACCAGGAGAAUGCCGCUUGCUGUUUCCCGCGCAAUCUCAUCCCAUUGCAGGAGUGGCGUCGGGAGAACAACCACGAGCUCCACAAACAGGCCCUGACUCGUUGCCUCCUAAGAACGUUUUUCUUCGAAAUGAACGCCUAGAAUGGACUCGACUGGCUGCAGCGAAGGGUGUGCGUGCCCUGCGCGAGUUGGGAAAGAUAAACGGUGAGAAGCAAGUAAUCGAAGUGGACUCUUUCUCAAGCUCACACGCCGCCGCGGUUGGAGCCAUUCUGGGACUCUGGAAUGUAAACCACUUCAAAACACGGGGUCCAAUGCCUGGCUGGGAUUUGCCACUCGAUAAACAAGGCGGUCGGCAUAUCAGUGUUGCUCCGAUGAAUGGCCUUGCCUCUCAAGACGAGAAAAAAUCUUUGCGCGACGAAGACGAUGAUCUUUGCAGCACCGGGACCCCAUUAAGCUGGUACACAGGUGAAGUGUAUGCUCAUGCUCAAAACUGGUCCCGAGAACUUCAAGAGGUACCGGCCAAUCUCAUGUCUCCAACUAUUUUCUCUGAGCGCGUCGUAAAUGCUUUCAAGAAUGUUCCACACACUCAGGUCGUGAUCAGGGAUGCGAAAUGGGCGCGUGAGCAAAACAUGAACUUGUUCCUGUCUGUGGCUCAAGGAUCGGAGCAGCCCUGUAAGUUUGUUGAAAUCCAUUAUCACGGUGCACCUGAGCAUCACUCCGCCCCGCUUGCUCUUGUUGGCAAAGGUAUUACGUUUGACACAGGCGGGAUCAGUUUGAAGCCUAGUGCUGGCAUGGACCUUAUGCGUGCCGAUAUGGGUGGUGCAGCUGCUGUGGUUGCCUCAACGCUAGCUAUAGCCCAACUGGGUCUUCCUAUUAAUGUUGUCACAGUGGCUCCUUUAACUGAAAACAUGCCAAGUGGGCGUGCUACUAAGCCUGGUGAUAUUUUCCAAGCACGAAAUGGCCUUACGGUUCAGGUCGACAACACGGAUGCUGAAGGUCGACUUGUCUUGGCAGAUGCGCUUUCGUAUGUAUCUGAAACGUUCUCGCCCCACACCGUUAUUGACGUGGCUACUUUGACUGGAGCCUGUGUCAUGGCUUUGGGCGAUGUGUACUCUGGCGUAUUUACGGAGAGCGAUUCGUUAUGGCAUCAGCUCAAAACCGCUUCUGAGGCUGAACAUGAUUUGUGUUGGCGCAUGCCACUCACUGAUAUGUACCUGCCACAAAUUUCCAAAUUGAAUGCAGAUUUAGUCAAUACGGGCGGGCGUCCCGCAGGAGCAUGUACUGCAGCCAUCUUCUUGAAGCAAUUCGUUCAUGGCCUGGAAGAUCGAACCAAAGGAGAAGAGCAAUGCGUGCAAUAUGCGCACAUCGACAUUGCCGGUUCUAUGGAAGCCGCUUCGAACACACUGAAUGACUAUCAAGCGAAAGGUCUAACUGGUCGCCCCGUUCGAGCACUUGUAGAGUUUGCGCGUCGUUUGGCCUACACUUCGUAG